ACAACAACAACGAAUUUUCACUCGGUUUCUUCUUCUCGCGGCAAUUUCCGAAACAAAAUAUGAACAACGAUAGCAGCAACUUGGCCUCACUCUCGCUCUGGGUUCUCUCUUACGAAAUGCUACCUCUUUCUCCUUCGAGGAACAACAAACUAUGACGAGCAACCAUGGCUCGAUCUGGGUUACUCUCAUUCAAGCUCUCGCGAGUUCUCUUUGUGAACAACAACAACAGCAAGUUUCGGUUCGAUGCUUGAAGACAAACUCAAGGUUUUUCCUUUCAAUUUCGUUUUCACUCUUGUUUAACAGUAUAGCAAUAAUAACUUAUGCUACUUCAUAUGUUUCUGGAAAUUUUUCUAACAGGAACUAUGUUCAUAACAGCAACGAUAUUUUUGAGAGUAAGAGUUGGAUUGACUUACCUACGGCAAGGAGACUUUUGCCGGUUUUGAUGUUGAGGUACAAUCAACGGUUAAUGGAAAUAUGGAGAGUGAAAGAAAAGAGGCUUACCUGCGGCGAAGAUGUUGAAGAUUCAUCUAUGGAGGCUCGAAGACGGGAGCCAUCGUUGAAGGCUGCUAGCAAGCAAGGUAUGAAGGCCUUCCCUCUUCCUCCUUCUUUUGUAUUUUGUAACUUAGAAGUUACAGAACAUUGGCUGCCUUCUCCCCUCCUUUGUAACUAUGGAACUUUUUGA